CUCUUCUCUUCCUCCUCUUCCCUCCUUCCUCCUCCUCUGGUGUCGUGACGUUGAUUUAGGAGGAAACACCACAAACAGUCUGGACACACUAAGACCUCCUCCCUGAAUGAGAGGGAAAUACCUCUGUGUCAGGGGGAGGGCUCGGCCCGGCUCAGCUAUAAUUACAGUAAGAGCACAGAAGCAGAGCACAGUGACAUUGGUACAGCUCACAGCACUGGACCGCAGAGGACCAGACAGAACAGGAUCCUUCAGAACCAGAAAGAAUCAAAACCUCUGCUCAACAAUACUCAAUCCAUUCAGACCAGAAAAAUGGUUUGAGGACAUGCAACACCCAGAACUAACGUGGAUCAGAUGACGGAUCAGAUUGAGAACCUGAAGCUCAUCUUACUCUGAAUCUGCCAUUAAAGUGAUUCUACUCAGUUUCUGCUGGACUCUGCUCUAAGUCUGAAAGGACUCCUGCUUCCAGGCCUGUUGAAUUUCUGCAGACCCAGAAUGACUAAACUACUGAUAGAGCAUCAGAUCACCAUGUGCCGCCGUCUAUUUGGCUUUUUCCUCUUCAUUGCCAUUGGUCUUCUAAUCGAUGCUUCACCAACAUCACCUCUAGCCACAGAUGUUGAACGAGCACCUUGGCUACAGGAGGGCUCACCGUCCUCCCAGUGCCCAUCCUGCUCUCUGCUUCAGAUGAAGAAGAACUCAUCAUCGUUAGGGGGUCAGGGUGACAUGGUGGAGGCUGUAAAGCGCCACAUUCUCAGCAUGCUGCACCUGAGCGCCCGACCCAACCUGACACAUUUGAUCCCUCGAGCUGCACUGCUUAAUGCCAUCACGAAGCUACACGUGGGCCGCGUGGCUGAGGACGGUAGUGUGGAGAUCCAGGAAACCGAUGAGGAGGGCACCAAGGCCCCAUCACCUGAACCCCCUUCUGAAAUUAUUACCUUCGCAGAGCCAGGUAACUCUCCAAACACACUGACCUUUGACAUUUCACCUGAAGGACGAGACUCGGUGGUGGAACAGGCAAACAUCUGGAUCUUCCUAAAAAUAUCAAAAGGAAACAGAGCAAAAAGCAAAGUGAUGCUACAGCUGCUACAGCUUGACAAGGAGUGUGUUUCUGAGAAAAUGGUGGAAACUCGUCGUAGUGGCUGGCACACACUAGCUCUUCCUCAUGCUGUGCAGACUGUGCUUGACAGGGGCAGCAGGUUGCUGAGCCUGCAGAUUUCAUGUCCGCUGUGUAGCGAAGUCGGAGCUUUGCCUGUCCUGACAUCUGCUGACAGUAAGUCUGCUGCAGGUCGAGAUCAGUCACACAGACCUUUCCUCAUGACGACGCUGCGAGCUCAGCAGCAGACAGUGCAGCGCCGAUUUAAACGAGGUCUAGACUGCGACGGCAAACUGCGCGUCUGCUGUAAGCGACAAUUCUACGUCAACUUCAAAGACAUUGGCUGGAACGACUGGAUUAUUGCUCCAUCUGGUUACCAUGCCAACUACUGCGAGGGUGACUGUCCAAGCCACAUGCUGAGCUUGAGUGGCUCUUCUCUCUCAUUCCAUUCGGCAGUCAUAAACCAUUACCGCAUGAGGGGCUACAGCCCAUUUCAAAACAUCAAUUCAUGCUGCGUGCCAACAAGGCUGCGAGCCAUGUCCAUGCUCUACUACAACGAAGAGCAGAAAAUCAUCAAGAAAGACAUCCAGAACAUGAUCGUGGAGGAGUGUGGCUGCUCAUAAACUAGAACCUGGUGGAAACUUUUUCCCAACCAGUACUAUUGAUGUUUAGCCACGCUGCAUUGUAUUUCUCAUCGGGAGAAAUCUUUUCCACAUUGGAAGAACCUGAGAAUACUAUGCAACUUAUCCUGCAAGAUCAAACUUGAUCAUCUACAUUUUAAUGUGUGUGUCAACAUACUUAAGGGGAAAGUGAUCAACAGCUGCUAGAGUCGCUAACCAAGUUAUUUUGACAAUGUUAUCAUCUCAGUACAAACAUUUUACCUUAGCUUAAAAGUUUGAGCUGAGACAAGUGAGAAAGAAGCCAAAGACUGAACCCCGAAGAUGGCUCCGCUAAAUGAACACAAACAGCUGUUGGAAAGUCCAGUACUAAGGGAUUAAUUUAUUUUAUUGGUGAAUGGAUGCAGCAGCAGGAACAGUUGUUGUCAGUGUGAGCCUCAUUAAAUGUUGUUGCCAAUAUUACAUAAUUUAUUUUCCACUUUUGAGCUGAUUCAUCAAUAAACAAAAAAAAUUGUCA